AUGAAAUGGCUUCUAUGUCUCUUUGGUGUCCUGUGGACAGCAUCAAGUUUAACGAUAGGCUCAAAAGAUAGUUCACUCGACCCUGGCAAGAUAACUUGGUGGCAAGACACGUGGAGCAACAAUGCUAUAGAGCUGAGUCAAACAAAUCAAGGAUCAACUGGUGUAGUUUUUACCUUCCAUUUUAGACCUUCAACUUCCAUUUCAAGCGGGGUUGUUCAAAUAACCUUUCCUUCGUCCAUCACAAUUAGCAGUGGCCAGACUGUAACCAUUUCCCCUUCCGGAGGUAUCAGUGCUCAAACUGAUAUGUCAGUAGCCACAGGCGAAAUUACCCUUCCGAGCUCUCAAGGGGUUUUUGGACCAUUUUCCAUCGUGACAAGGGCAAGUUCAACUGGGCAAAUAGUCGAUGCAAACUACUUCUUUGGGUGCAUCGCUACCUCAGCAUCAACCAUAAAUUCAUCUACUCUUUCUAUAGCAACGGUUAGUGGCGCUGAAAAACCAAUCGUAGGUUCCACUGAUGGAAUUUAUUUUACAUUUACUCUUACAACCAGCUUAUGGAAGCAUGACUUAAUAGAAAUCAAUACGGAUUCAAAUUGGAAGGUCUCCAAUGCUACCUGCAGCUCAGUAACUGUUAGUGAUAACAGUAAUUUACUAAUUGGACCAGAUGGGAGCAAUAAUCUCCCAUGUCAAACUGAUAGUUCUGGACACGUAUUUAUUUAUGGCAUCUCUCAAGAUGUCUUAAUAACAGAAACAACGACUUCGCUGAAAUUGAAGAUCAGUGUGUCUACUUUUACUUUGCCUGGAGUAGUUUUAGAUAAAAGUGCUUUUACAUGGAGUGUUUAUAUUUGGAGAUGGGGAACAAACACUUUAUUAGCUAAUUAUGCAUCAGUCACUGGCCCAGUUGCAACAUAUGCAGGAGGGAUUACUGCAUCCUCUUGGAGUCCUAUGAGCACUAUUGCCCAAGCUGAUACUUUGAGUGGAAUGACGCUUUUUACAAAUUUGACUUUUGUUACCAGUCAUGAUAUCUCUUCUACAGUAGGACGAGUUUCCAUUGAGUUCACAAAUGUUAAUAUUGGUCAAAAUUGGUGGGUAGAUAUAGAUGACGCUACAGGAGCUUCUAAUGCAAUGUGCUAUGUUUCAAUUUCAGGUAGUUCCUGCUCAAUAUCAUCAGCUUCUGACGCAACAUCAAAAGUAGUGAUUUCAUUUACAAAAGCGCAGCCAGCCGGCUCAAUAUCUUUAAUAGUACUGAGUAAAUUUAGCUCAUCUCCUAGUGUUAAUUCAAUUACAACAUAUGAUGGAUAUUACACCGUUGACCAAACUAGCAGCAGUCCUAUUUCCUGGGCACUUGGGAGUACUAGUAAAACAAGAUUCUCCAAAUUUAAACAUCAUGCUUAUUACAAAUUAACCCCAACUGAUUAUCCUACUGAUAUUACACUUUCUACAGGGUAUCAGGGAGGUGGAGAAUAUACAGGUAGAACUCUUUGGUUCGUUUUCAAACCAGCUAACGAUUGGGAUAAAACUACAACUAUAUCUAUCAACUUGCCAUUAGUAACUACUGGAGUUCAAUUUACUAGCUCUUAUAUUAGUAGUUCAGCAACAAAAGUCCAAGAAUCAACAACAAGCUUAACCACCAGCGGCAGCUAUUCAACGAUAACUGUUGAGAAUACAAUAACUCCUUCAUCUAAUCAAAUUUCAGUUGAGCUACUUAACACUGAUUUAGCUUCAAGCAGCUACUAUUUGUUAGGGUUUUACACUACAUACUCUACUACCAUUACAACUGAGCAGGUAGCUUUUCCAUUUGUUGCGUCAAAUAAAGUGACAUUUUAUGAAUGUUGGGCUAAAGCCACGACUCAAACAGGAGGACCAUUAUAUGAUAUUGAUUCAUAUGUAUUCACAGUUACAACAAAAACAUUCAGUAAUAGAAAUACUAUUUCUACAGUUCCACUUUGCUCUGGCACAACUGUAGGGAUUCCUCUAGUUAGUGUAUUCAAAUCAGAUACUCAGACUUUUGAUUUUGGUUCUGGCAACUAUUACAUUGACAUAACAGUAUCAGGAGGUGGAGAUUUGGGAACUGGCUUAGCCACUGGCGCUUCGAUUCCAGUGACUUCAACUGCAUCAUCGGCCUCUGCUGUAUUGACAUCUAAAAGUAGUGAUACUAUUAUCACAUUAACAGGACUUGGUCCAACAACCACAAGCUCAACUAUAACCACUUAUAUUGCAGUUGGAAAUGCAGGCUAUGGAACUUACUCUACUGUUUUUUAUUACACGUCUACGUCAUAUCCAGGUAUUCAGUUCCAACUUUAUGGCUAUACAGAAACUAUAACCAAAUUCUCUGAACCAAAGUAUUCCUUUAAUACUGCAUCAGGGACUGCUGCUACUCUUACGAUUAAUCAAAGUGGAAGCCUCGUAGGUAAUCUAAUUCUCGGCAGUAAUAAGGAUUUACCUUCAAAAAAUGACUAUUUUGGCAUUGGAUUUCCAGAAGGAUUUACUACCAGUUCUUCAACUUCAAUUUCAUUAGGCGGAGUUGCAGCUAGCCCUAUUUACCGCGUUUCAUCUCCAACAAUAGGCUUUAAAGGUGCGUUUAUUAUUACACAAUUUACUGAUACUUUUAAGUUUGCUGAUCUAUUAACUAGUACUGCUUUAACAAUUGACAACAUAGCGCCUCCUAGUAGGGUGAAAAAUUCAAGUACUCUAACCAACAUUCCGGUUAAUAUAUUCAUAGCUAGUUCAACUAUAGCCACUCAAUGCACCUAUAGAGACACUUUAACAAACUAUGAUUUGGCAGUUGCUACUCUUAAAGAGCCAACAUUCUCACCUACAACAGUUUCAUUAAAAGGACCAGACUCAGUUGACACAACAAUAACAAUUAGUUUUUCCACUGUUAAUGCAAUAUCUGCUGGAGGCUCAAUCACUAUUGUUUUUGCCGAAUCCUGGGAUUUCACAUAUGUAUCAUUCGGAAUAUCAGGACUUUCAGAUCAAAGCUCAUCUCAAAAAUUGUCAAAGCAAUAUUCCUCUAGCUCAACCACUUUGGUUAUAUCACAAUUUGCAGCAGUGAGCUCAUCUACAUCAAUAACAAUAACUGCAAACCACGUAUUUCCUCCUUCAUCAGGCACAGACCCAAUCUAUUAUAUAACCUCAAUUUACACUCAAGAUGCUGACUCUAACUAUUACAUUGAUUCUUUAUCUACUUUUACAGCUAAAUGCAGUUUAACAGCUGCUGCAGAUGCAGGAACUACAACAAACUGAAAAGCUGCCUCAUAUCCAAAUCAAGCUGGAAUUCCUGGAGUUGAUUUUUUUCUCAGUUUCUCAUUACCUAAAAGGGUGCCUGCAGGAGGAACCAUUUCAAUAUCAGCUUUUGACACUUGGCAAUAUUCUGCCUCUGGCGAUAUAAAGAAUAGCUGCUGGUCAAAUAUUGUAUAUUCAUCUUGCACCGUUUCUAGUGGCUCAAGCGAAAUUAUUCUUACAUUGUCUCAAGAUCUUUUGUCCUCCACUACAGUUCAGGUCUAUCUUGAUAAUGCUUUAAAUCUUCCUUCAUCAGCAGGCACUACAUCUGGGGGCUUUAAAGUGAUUUCAGCUUGGAACGGGGUUACAAUCACUUCAGAUACAACAGCAGCUUCCUUUACUGUCAACUCAGCAGUAACCGGCACUUUAGUCCCUGCCACCAGCAACUCUUUAACAAUGAGCAUUACAAACGCAGCAGAAUAUUCUUCAUACACCUUCAGAUUCACCUCUGCACAAGUAGAUGCAAAUGAUUAUUUCUGGAUAAUUUUCCCUAGGUCAUAUUAUGACCCGUAUAUAGGUAAAGCAGAUAACUAUAUGACUGACUGUGAGCCUUAUUCAUAUUAUAUCCCAUGUAGCUCUUCAUCAUUAGGUUCUAUUUCUUGUACUGCAGACCAUUGGUAUGUAGUCGUUUCUGGGAUUGAUAAAACUGUUUCUGCUAGCACUACUAUUGACAUUACGAUUAGCGAAGUAAUGAAUCCAGCCAAAGGGCAAACUGGAAACUUUGAAGUGUACCAUCUGAAUUCUGCAGGAACUGUAAAAGCUUAUGAGGAAGAAUUCGGAACAGUCACUACAACUGAUCUGGCCCCAAGCAGUGUGAUUUUCAAGUCAAUUUCUACCGAUCAAGUAGAACUCUUAGAAAUUGCUAAUUAUACCCUUGAGUUUUAUUAUGCAGGGGAUGUCAAUAAUACUUUGAGAUUUGAAAUUGGCCUUCCAAGUCAAUACGACAACACUUUACUAAUGAACGAUACGACAUCAUGCUCUUCAGUUUAUUAUGACCAAUCUGGCAAGGUAAAUACAAGCUCAUCAACUGCUUUAUCCUGGUUUAGCGGAACUUCUUGUAAUGUAGAAAAAGAUAAAUUUGAGCUCAGUGUACAAACAACAAAAACAUUCAACUUUAAUUCUGCUGAUAUGCUUAGCUUACUCUCUCAUUGGUAAUGAGUAUAUUUUUUAUUUUUUUGUAAUUAUAUUUUUAAAGUUGCAAGAAUACCAAUCGAAAAAAAUUUUAAAUUCAAUUUAAAUUGCUUUUUCUUUAAACUCCCCCCCCCCCUCCGUGAGCGAACAAAAAAAUUUUGUUCACUCACGGAGGGGGGUUAAUUUUUUUUUUUUAAAAAAAAAUUUAUAUAUAAAUUUUAUAAAAAAUAUUUUUUUCGAAAUUUAAAAAAAUCCUAAUUUGCAAAAAUUGGGAAGCAAAUAUUAAUUUAAUUUGCAAAAUUUAUGUUUUAAAACGCAAUUUGUUUAAAAUUAAACAGAAUUAGCUCUAGAUUUCAUUAUACUAAUUAUCACUUAUAUAUCAAAAUUUUUUUUCCAUUAAAAUUUUUUCUAUUAAAAAAAUUUUUGUUCACUCACGGAGGGUGGGUUUUUGGUCAAAAAAUGGCGAUUUUUCUAAUGGUUUUGUUCGCUCACGGAGGGGGGGGGGGGGGGGGAGUAAGACGAACUAUAACCAUAAUUUAUAAAUCAAAAUAUUUUAUAUAAAAAUUCUUAUUAUAAUAAAAUUCUUGUUCGCUCAUAGAGUGUUAAUUCAAAAAAUGGAGUAGGGAGUUAGAAAUUGAGGCAUAUAACCCUCAAUGGGGAUUUGAAAGACACGCAAAGAAUUUUGACUAUUGGGAUAUUGAAGACAACUCUACUUUCUCAUGGCAUGACUACUGGUCAAGCAGAUUUGAAAUUAAAAUUUACAAUGAUACAGCCAACCUUGUCCUUGGAAAAAGCUAUGGAGUCCUUAACUCAGCUUAUAUUGGCUAUAACAGAAGCUACAUCCCAAUUGAAGUCAAUAGCUAUUCUCCUAAAAGUGUCGGCCAAACAUCUGACAACAGAAUCAGACUUCUUCCAGGAACUCAAAGUGACGACAUUACAAUUUCAAUAGGAAACUGGCCUAUGAGAUCAAAGAAACUUAUAUUAACCCCUCAUAGCAACCCUAACUACCCAGAUGACUACAUUUUCGAAUACUCCUCAACCUUCCACGACUGGACAAUUUUGCAAAUGUACGACUCCAUGACAUUCAGAAUUGCAGCUUUAAGCAAUGCCACAAGUGGACUUUAUUACAUUGAUUGGAGCACUGAAGAAACUGUCCAGCCAGGAGUCUCCAGCGAUCUCUAUGGCUCUCCAUAUUCUAUUCUUGUAGAAGUAUGUGAGCCUGAAACUGAAAAUGUCGCUAUCACUGUAGGACAAAUCCCUAAUUUAGUCGUAGGAUACACAAGUAUCCCUAUUUCUGUUACUUUAGGUGCAGCCCCAGCUACUGAUAUUACAGUCUGGCUUAGCUUCAACAACGCUCCUUCUGGUAUCUUCAUUUCUCCUACUUAUUUAAUGUUUGGGCCUAACGAAGAUGUUAAAUACUUUGAACUUUUUGUUAACAGUACUUAUGCUACCUCUCAGAAAGCUCCUGUGCUCAAAUUUGACUUGUCAGGGACUGACGAAGCUUCAUAUACAGCCCCAAGCACUAUUAGUCUAACAGUGAAUGCAGCUUCUACCUCAGCUUAUACCGCCACAACAGUUACCCUUGCUAGUAGCAUAAUAGACGGAAACCAUGCCAAAGUCACUAUUUCAUCCACACAAAACGUGGUUAUCUAUUGGUGGUUAGCUUGCACUGGAGGCUCUACGCCAUCUUAUAGAAUGGUGAAGGAUUCAUGCAAAGAUUUGGUAGAUCCUAGUAACUCAACUUUAUCGCUAUAUGAGCAAAGAUCUUAUGAUUAUUUACAUACUGAGAUUGACCCAAAUCCUGAGCUUGAUUCAGAUUACUAUGCAUUUUUCAGAAGGCUACAUAGAGAUCAUUGCAAUUUGAACUGGUACAAUAUGGAAGUUUUGUAUGCCAGUGGAAGUUUAACACUAGAUUUUGACUGGCUUCAUGCUGAUACUACUUAUAAUGUCUUUGUCUAUGCUGAUAACAGACUGUAUUCUGGUGCUAUGCAAAGCCAGUCUAUAAGCUUGACAACCCCUAGCCUGCCAUCAGUCUAUACUUAUACAGUUUCUUUCUCAGCUUCUGUUGCUUCAAGCAAAGGAGAUGAUAUUCGUAAUGCAAUUGCGAAAAAUAUGGGAAUCAAUCCAGGCUGGCUCACCAAUCAAGAGGUUGCGAAUCCAUCAACUGGAAGAAUGAGAAUGCUUGCAUCUUCAACGACAUUUACUUAUGAAGUUCUUUAUGAUAGAAGCAAUAUUAAAUACUCCCCAUUAGCUAUUAUAGCAAACUUAGACGUUAGCCAAGUAACUAGUGACUUACUUCCCAAAAUUAUUUUAAUUAGUAUUUUAAUAUUAUUUGAUAUUAAAAAAUAUAUUAAAUAUUAUUUUUUUAUAAAAAUGAGUUAACAGCAUUGACAUCAGCUACACCUACACUUUCAAAUGCAGCAGCAACUAGUUCUUCUACGACCUACCCUUCAUGGAUACGCCAGCCUGUUCUAGCAGCUAUUGGGCAGACCAAUGUGACAUUUAUUGGAACCCCAACUCAAAGUGGUAUAAUGUGUGUUAGCUGUUCUAGAAAGACAUAUCAGUCACUGACAACUUAUGCUUAGACUUAGAUUACUUAAUUUUAUUCACCUCGGGCUAGGCCUUAAGAGGGGUCGGACCAUAGGGUCUCUUUUCCUCAGCUUUGGUCACUUCCUCUGAUAAGCGUACGGCCCAUUGACAAAGGCUACUCCUUCUAGCCUCCAUAGAGCCAGAUUUUUCGGGAACAAUUGUGGCUUGGCGUGUUGUUUCGCUCUAUCUGGCUUUCUCCAGCACCUAUUUGGUUUAAGGUCCUGCCUUUAUCAGGCAGUGGAAAAAAUAUAAAACAGUUGCCUGUAGGAAAACCUUCACCAUUUCUUCCUAUCAAACAGAUGCGCAUGUAUAAAAACCUAGCCCUAUAAUAGCAAAAGUUAGAUGAGAGAGAGGAAAUUCACGCAGUGACAUCUUCUCUCAUCCGAAGCCAUUUUAUUAUUAUCACUUGCAACUUAUGCAUGGCAGAUUAUAUCUGGGCUUGAUGGGUACAGUGAUAUUGUUCCAUCCAGCUGCUCAAACAGCACUGCUAAUAAAAACAUUACGAUGUUUGUCGAUGGGUUGAGAGUAGGGACUCCUUAUAACUGCAGCUUUACUGCCUGCAAUGACUAUCCUUUGUGGCCAACUUGCAUUGAUGCGACAACAACAACUCCAUCUAUCAGCACCUUGCCAAUCUAUACAAUCCUUACUUAUGAAAUAGAUGGGGCUUCAGCAGUUGGUCUAUUUAUGGCCUUCUUCCUAAUCUUCAACUAG